CGCUCUCUUCUUGUCUCCGUCUUCUUCUCCAAUGGAUCUGGUGGGAGUAGCGUCCCCGGAACCAAGGCCGGCAGCGGCCUGGCAACCCAGCAAGUGUCCAUGGGCCAACCCUCAAAAGACAAUGUCCUGCUCUUUGUCCGAUGUAAUGAGCGAGGAGUUGGCUAAAGAACUACAGUUAGAAGAAGAAGCUGCUGCUUUCCCUGAAGUUGCCGUUGCAGAAGGACCAUUUAUUUCGGGGGAGAAUGUUGACACUUCCAGCGACCUGAUGCUGGCUCAGAUGCUGCAGAUGGAGUUUGACAGAGAAUACGAUGCCCAGCUGAGGCGAGAAGAAAAAAAAUUCAAUGGUGACAGCAAAGUUUCCAUUUCCUUCGAAAAUUACCGAAAAGUACAUCCUUUCGAAGACAGUGACAGCUCUGAAGAUGAGGUAGACUGGCAGGACACUCGCGACGACCCCUACAGGCCAGCAAAACCAGUUCCCACUCCCAGAAAGGGUUUUAUUGGAAAAGGAAAAGACAUCACCACCAAGCAUGAUGAAGUGGUGUGCGGGAGGAAGAAUACAGCAAGAAUGGAAAACUUUGCACCCGGGUUUCAGGUAGGAGAUGGAAUUGGAAUGGAUUUAAAACUAUCAAACCAUGUUUUCAAUGCUUUGAAACAACACGCCUACUCUGAGGAGCGCCGGAGCGCCCGCCUGCACGAAAAGAAGGAGCACUCCACCGCGGAAAAAGCGGUUGACCCCAAGACCCGCUUGCUCAUGUACAAAAUGGUCAACUCGGGGCUGCUGGAGACCAUCACUGGCUGCAUUAGCACAGGGAAGGAGUCCGUUGUCUUUCAUGCAUAUGGAGGGAGCAUGGAGGAUGGAAAGGAAGAUGUUAAAGCUAUUCCUACAGAGUGUGCCAUUAAGGUAUUUAAAACAACCCUUAAUGAAUUUAAGAACCGUGACAAAUACAUUAAAGAUGAUUUCAGGUUUAAAGAUCGCUUCAGUAGACUAAAUCCACGUAAGAUCAUCCGCAUGUGGGCAGAAAAAGAAAUGCACAAUCUCACAAGAAUGCAGAAAGCUGGAAUUCCUUGCCCGGCAGUUGUGCUGCUCAAGAAGCACAUUUUAGUUAUGUCUUUUAUUGGCCACGAUCAAGUUCCAGCCCCUAAGCUAAAAGAAGUACAGCUGAGUAGUGAAGAAAUGACAGACGCCUACUAUCAAACUCUUCACCUGAUGCAGCAGUUGUAUCGCGAGUGCAUGCUGGUGCACGCUGACCUCAGCGAGUACAACAUGCUGUGGCACGCCGGAAAGGUCUGGCUGAUCGAUGUUAGUCAGUCAGUGGAGCCGACCCACCCUCACGGCCUGGAGUUCCUGUUCCGGGACUGCAGGAACGUUUCCCAGUUUUUCCAGAAGGGAGGCGUGAAGGAAGCCCUUGGUGAGCGGGACCUUUUUAAUGCUGUCUCGGGCUUGAACAUCUCGGCGGAUAAUGAAGCGGAUUUCUUAGCCGAGAUAGAAGCUUUGGAGAAAAUGAACGAAGACCAUGUUCAGAAGAACGGAAGGAAAGCGGCCGCCUUCCUGAAGGAUGAUGGCAGCCCUCCAGCACUGAGCCCCGAGUAGCGUCAGCGGCUGCCCACGGCGAGCCAAGCCCUGGCGCCCCCAGGUCCCCAGCGCCCAGGAGCGGACGUGGUGCUCUCGUGCGUCUCCCUUGUAACCCAUGUGGCAGAUGUGUGGAAUUUAGAGCUUGGCAUUGAGAAUAAAAUGUCACUACCUCUCAUAGGCAGAAUGAUAGUUCUUCAACAGCUGUAGGGCAUCUAGCAGUGGGAGACUGGACGAACCGUACAUGACUCGUGCUAUGAAAUGUUGUGAUGCAAUCCUAAAAUAGGAUCUAAAAUACGAGGCCAGGUCAGGUGUGUUUACAAGGGAGGUGGCGAAGCCUUUGC